UAACUACACUUAAAUGACUACCUUGUUCCCAGUGAGUGUUCCCCACUCCAGAACCGCCCCUGAUUUGUGUGCUUAAUUUUACAACAAACACAUGAAUAGUUCAUAUCCAUUCUUCACUACAGGAAGCAUCAGAAUGAUACCAAAGACUCCAAUAGUCUUGGACACCAAUGACUAUGCGCAAACAUUGGGAAAAUCACAGCAUAUAUUGAAAGAAGAUGGUGAAUUGGCAGGAACUGGGAAGCAAUCAUUAUGUACAGAGAGUAAUUUAGUCAUUAAACAAAAGGACAAUAAUUAUGCCUUAUCUAGUGGAAUGAGUAUUCCAGAGGAUAAACCACACACAUUUACUGAGAUUGCAAAACAUUUUAAAGAAGGGAAAAGUCUACAGUCUAACCAAAUGAUUCAUACAAAGGAGAAAUAUUUCACAUGUACAGAGUGUGGAAAAAGUUUUACAGAAAAGAGUUAUCUGAAAACUCAUGAAAGGAUUCACACAGGGGAAAAGCCUUUCACAUGUACAGAGUGUGGAAAAAGUUUUACAGAAACGAGUCAUCUGAAAACUCAUGAAAGGAUUCACACAGGAGAAAAGCCUUUCACAUGUACAGAGUGUGGAAAAAGUUUUACACAAAUAAGUAAUCUGAAAUGUCAUAAAAGGAUUCACACAGGAGAAAAGCCGUUCACAUGUACAGAGUGUGGAAAAAGUUUUAUAGAAAAGAGUAGUCUGAAAAGUCAUGAAAGGAUUCACACAGGAGAAAAGCCUUUCACAUGUGCAGAGUGUGGAAAAAGUUUUACAGAAAAGAGUCAUCUGAAAACUCAUGAAAGGAUUCACACAGGGGAAAAGCCUUUCAGAUGUACAGAGUGUGGAAAAAGUUUUACAGAAAAGAGUCGUCUGAAAAAGCAUGAAAUGAUUCACACAGGGGAAAAGCCUUUCACGUGUACAGAGUGUGGAAAAAGUUUUACACAAAAAGGUAAUCUGAAAAGUCAUGAAAGGAGUCACACAGGAGAAAAGCCUUUCACAUGUACAGAGUGUGGCAAAAGUUUUACAGAAAAGAGUGAUCUGAAAACUCAUGAAAGGAUUCACACAGGGGAAAAGCCUUUCACAUGUACAGAGUGUGGCAAAAGUUUUACAGAAAAGAGUGACCUGAAAACUCAUGAAAGGAUUCACACAGGGGAAAAGCCUUUCACAUGUACAGAGUGUGGCAAAAGUUUUACAGAAAAGAGUAGCCUGAAAACUCAUGAAAGGAUUCACACAGGGGAAAAGCCUUUCACAUGUACAGAGUGUGGAAAAAGUUUUACAGAAAAGAGUAAUCUUAAAAAACAUGAAAGGAUUCACACUGGAGAAAAGCCUUUCACAUGUACAGAGUGUGGAAAAAGUUUUACAGAAAAGAGUCAUCUGAAAAUUCAUGAAAGGAUUCACACAUGGGAAAAGCCUUUUACGUGUACAGAGUGUGGAAAAAGUUUUACACAAAUUAAUAGUCUGAAAUGUCAUGAAAGGAUUCACACAGGAGAAAAGCCUUGUAAAUGUACAAAGUGUGGAAAAAGUUUUACACAUAUCAGUAAUCUGAAAUCUCAUAUAAGGAUUCACACAGGAGAAAAGCCUUUUACGUGUACAGAGUGUGGAAAAAGUUUUACACGAAAGAGUGAUCUGAAAAAGCAUGAAAGGAUUCACACAGGGGAAAAGCCUUUCACAUGUAUAGAGUGUGGAAAACGCUUUGCAGAAAAUAGUAGACUGAGAAAACAUGAAAGGAUUCACACAGGGGAAAAGCCUUUCACAUGUACAGAGUGUGGAAAAAGUUUUACAGAAAAGAGUAGUCUGAAAACUCAUGAAAAGAUACAUACAGGGGAAAAGCCUUUCACAUGUGCAGAGUGUGGAAAAGGGUUCUCGGAGAGAAGUCAUCUGAAAUGUCAUGAAAGGAUUCACACAGGGGAAAAGCCUUUCACGUGUACAGUGUGUGGAAAAAGUUUUACAGAAAAGAGUCAUCUGAAAAGUCAUGAAAGGAUUCACACAGGGGAAAAGCCUUUCACAUGUACAGAGUGUGGAAAAAGUUUUAUAGAAAAUAGUCGUCUGAAAAGUCAUGAAAGGAUUCACACAGGGGAAAAGCCUUUCACGUGUACAGUGUGUGGAAAAAGUUUUACAGAAAAGAGUCAUCUGAAAAGUCAUGAAAGGAUUCACACAGGGGAAAAGCCUUUCACAUGUACAGAGUGUGGAAAAAGUUUUACAGAAAAGAGUAGCCUGAAAAAUCAUGAAAGGAUUCACACAGGGGAAAAGCCUUUCACAUGUACAGAGUGUGGAAAACGUUUUACAGAAAAGAGUCAUCUGAAAACUCAUGAAAGGAGUCACACAGGGGAAAAGCCUUUCACAUGUACAGAGUGUGGAAAAAGUUUUACAGAAAAGAGUAGCCUGAAAAUUCAUGAAAGGAUUCACACAGGGGAAAAGCCUUUCACAUGUACAGAGUGUGGAAACAGUUUUACAGAAAAGAGUUAUCUUAAAAAACAUGAAAGGAUUCACACCGGAGAAAAGCCUUUCACAUGUACAGAGUGUGGAAAAAAUUUUACAGAAAAGAGUCGUCUGAAAAAGCAUGAAAUGAUUCACACAGGGGAAAAGCCUUUCACGUGUACAGAGUGUGGAAAAAGUUUUACAAAAAAAAGUAAUCUGCAAAGUCAUGAAAGGAUUCACACAGGGGAAAAGCCUUUCACAUGUACAGAGUGUGGAAAAAGUUUUACAGAAAAGAGUUAUCUUAAAAAACAUGAAAUGAUUCACACAGGGGAAAAGCCUUUCACAUGUACAGAGUGUGGAAAAAGUUUUACAGAAAAGAGUUAUCUUAAAAAACAUGAAAGGAUUCACACCGGAGAAAAGCCUUUCACAUGUACAGAGUGUGGAAAAAGUUUUAUAUUUAUCAGUAAUCUGAAAACUCAUGAAAGGAGUCACAAGGGAAAAAACCUUUCACAUGUUUAGAAAGUGGAAAAAAGGUUUUCCAUCUUAAUGGGAGGAGAGUCCACUGCUUCAUUCAUUACUUGUGGGAAUUAAGAACCUGGCCACUAGGAGGAGGCAAAGCAGUGACGUGCCCUCAUAGGAGGCAAGUGAGGCAGUGCCGCACCUGCAAAUUUCAGAGAAAAAGUUUUUUAAUAACUAAUUCCUCCCCAAAAAAAUCUCAGAUUUUAUGAUUUACAUGCAUAAAUUUAUACACAUCCCAUGUUGCGCAAUGGAGAGGCUAUGAGCCAUUCAGCUACCUUCCAUUGCACAACAUGGGAUUUGUGUGUGAGCGAGCCGCACAAUUUAGUGCCACCCAGUGGUGCUGCUUAAGACUAGUUCUUCGCAUGGCCAAUUAUGCUCCCAAAGUUUUUUUUUUUUUUUUAAAGGAUCCUCGAGCCAAUCAGGUCUGGAAUUCCCUCAGUGUCAUCACGUGAAGAGACGUGAUUGUUCAACUGACUGAACUGGAGGAGGCGUGACUGUGUUCCUUCCUAGUACUGCGUGCGGCUGCAGGAGCCUCAGCCUCGUGGGACGAAGCCUUAGCAUCAUGUAUGAGUGACUGACUGCUGCUGUCUGCAGUGUGUCUUGACGAGUAGGAGAAUAGAAUAGUUCAAGUUCAACUGUGACUGUGUCCACUUACAGUCUUGGAGUUGGACUUCACUAAAUUGAAGAGGUGCAGUUGUGGCUGAGACGGAGUGUCGUCACUGUUGUGAGGAGAAUGAUCAGAAGGAGGACCAGCCAGCUAGUGCCAAUUCCCAGGACCGGACUGAACGUCGGGCAUACCGGGCAUUUGCCCAGUAGGCCGCGUGGUAGUUUAGCCCCACUCACUGCGACUGCAUUAUUUUAUAUUAAGUAUGGCAUUCAAUACAUUUUGUUAGCAAUGAAUAAUACAUUAUUGUAAAUAAUAUGUUCAUUGUGACAUUGUUUAUUAUGUAGUAUGUAUAUAUUAUGUUUAUUUGCAAAUUUGGCAUAUACUGGUACUGAGGCCGGCGGGCUGCACACUAUCCGGUGGAGAGACUGAGUUAGAGUAACACACAUGGCACGCUGCUGCACUACACUGAUGCUGCGUGCCGUGUCCAAGUAGUGACGAUCCAAUCAUCUGAGACAGGAGAUCAGAUUCAGCUCAGCAGGUGAGGUCAGCCCAGACUAUUUGUAAGCUGUCAAUCUUCCUGUUGCCUCUGCCUGAGCAGUCCCUACUCACCCUGUCUCUAUAUGAGAGACCACCAGGAUGAAUAUGGUCCGUGCUGCAGGCAGAUGGAACAGCAAGCUACAUUCUGAAUCUGCUCUGCUGGGGGCCCCGACUGCCUCAAUGAGACAGGCUGGGGGCAAAGCGGGGGCCAAGAUUGGGAAGUCAAGUGAUUCAGUGAAGACACUGCAGUGCUGCACACUGUCAGAGAGGGUGAGUUACGUAGGGGCCGAUCAGAGGGCAGCCAGUGAAUCUCCUGAGGGGGAGAGGGUUGGUUACCAGGUCAGCACAGCACUUCAUAGGGGCAGGCCCCUUGCAGCAAAGUCAAACUGAACAACGGGGGAGACUAAGGGGUCUGGCUGGCAAAUGAAUAUCAAAGAGUCAGACCCUGUUGUAUGGAUCAAUCAUCAUGACACUGUUUUGGAGGCAGGCCAGUCUGACCACUGGUUUUUAGUUAAGUUUACAUGCUAAAAGUAGUAAUGCAAGACAGGUUAAUUUAAAGUAACAGACUACUGCCCUUUACGCACUGACAUCAAUGCUUUAAAUAAUAUAUAUAUAUAUAUAUACGUUAAUAUAACUUCUCUGACACCAAGUCA